AUGGAAGUAAUCGCGGUCGGAACCGCCGCCAUCGACGUGGUCCACGAGGUGGAGAUGUACCCAAAAGAGGACUCGAAGGCACGAUCACUAGCGACGUACAAGUGCCGAGGAGGAAACGCUGCAAGUGCAUUGGUUGUUUGCUCUCAGCUUGGUGGUCGCUGUCGCUGGUUAAGCACAUCAACAGACCCAGAUAAAGACAACGAUGCUAAGUUCAUUCAUGCCGAUUUGGCUGCGUUCAACGUGGACUCUUCAUUAGCAGUUAUUGAAGAGGAAGGCAGCAUGCCCGUGUCGUACAUUAUUGCAAGUCAAGCGACGGAGUCUCGUACGAUUGUGCACUCCCGCACAAUUGCCGAACUCAACUGUGAAUCAUUUGUUCGACAAGUUGAGUGGUAUAUGACGCAAAACACAAAUGCACCCGUGUGGUUUCAUUUCGAAGGACGGAACAUGGAAACUGUGAGGCAAAUGAUGCUGCAUGUACGAGAAAAUGCACCUCACGCGAAAAUGUCGAUCGAGAUUGAAUUUCCGAGAUAUCCAUGGGGUCUAGCCAAGACACUGGCAGCGCUGGCAGACUACGUGUUCGUGUCCAAGGAUUACCUUCGCGAUACUGUGUCCGUCUCGAGCGCAAACGAGUUUUUCGCCCAAAUUCUGAAGCAGCAAUGGGACGAGAACUGGAGUCAGUGGGUGAAAGCAUUCGUUUGCCCUUGGGGCUCGGAGGGAGUUUACUAUCUCGAAAUGGAUGGCUUGACAAUUCAUCAUAUUCCCUGUGCUCAGCUUGACCGCGUGGUGGAAUCCAACGGAGCAGGAGACUCUUUUAUUGGGGCAGCUCUUGCAGGAUUAUCUCGUGGAAAUGCUCCGUUUCACCUUGUGUUGAAGACAGCGUGUGAUGUAGCAACUUUUAAAUGCUCACAGCAUGGAUUUCGUCUUCCAUGCAAUAAGAUUCUGGAGUGGAAGAGUGCUUUGCAGUCUUGA